AUGGGAAAGGACAAGUCCGAAAAGAAAGACAAGAAGGAGAAGAAGGAGAAGAAGCGCUCCGAAACCGACGGUGUUCACAAGUCCUCCAAGAAGGAAAAGAAGGAGAAGAAGCUGUCUGACGCCGCCGAGAAGGAACUCACAGCCCAGGUUCUUGAAGGAUUGGAGGCGAAGGGUGCUGUUGAAGAAGUCAUUGCUGUCGAUGUCGAAGUCACAGAGAAGCCAAUUGGCGCUUUGGUGCCAUUUGCCAAUCCAUUGGCAGAGGAUAAGACCGCUAAGAAGGUGUUUAAGACCGUGAAGAAGGCUGCCGUCAACAAAUCCCUCAAACGAGGCGUCAAAGAAGUCGUCAAAGCCCUCCGCAAAAGCCCCAUCCCAGCAGCCAAUGCACCCAUCACAGAGCCUCUUGGCGUCGUUAUUCUCGCAGCAGACAUUUCCCCCUUAGAUGUCAUCAGCCACAUCCCCAUCCUGUGCGAGGAUCACGGCGUUCCCUACAUCUUUGUCACAUCGCGCGCCGAGCUCGGUGCUGCCGGAGCCACCAAGAGGCCUACAAGUGUUGUCAUGGUUACACCGAAAUCAGGAAAGAAGAGCAAGAAGUCUGAGGAUGGUGAUGAAGAGGACUUCAGCAAGGUGUAUGCGGAGUUGGUGAAAUUGGCUCUUAAGGAGCAAGAGAAAGUCAAGGUUUGA